CGCAGCAUCCGCUUUACUAAAUGUGGGAGCCGUGCCACUACUCAAACGGUUGGUUUUCCCCGCAGCUUCAGAGGGAAACUUUAGAUUAGUUAGCGUCUCCGUUUCAUACUUACUUUGAAGAAAGAAAACCCCGAGCACUGGACCGCCAGUUGAGGAUGGAUUCGUCUGCGUUUCUUUCCGUUUUCUUCUGCCUCGGCUGGCUACCAGCGUCGCUCUCCUUCGUGGAGCCGCCGAUCAACGUGACCCUGCAAUGCCGCAAUAUGCACAACGUUCUGAAGUGGAGUUACACACAAUUUCCCCCGGGGCUGAGAUUCAGAGUCAACAUUGGCCGAACAGAAGCAGAAGAUGGGUAUCCUGAUGUGAUUUGGGUGAACUCAUCAGCUCAACUGCAUGCAGACGUGUCAUUUCUACGUGACCCAAAGAAUGCGUACUAUCUUGACGUAACUGCCGUGAUUGGACAGAACGAGUCUGCUCCUGAAGAAGGACUUUCUUUCAGCUAUUUCAAGGACUCUCCAGCCGAUCACAAAUGUCAUUUGGACUUCCCAUCAGUUAACGUCACUACCCAACAUGAUGGCGCUGUCCUAGUCCGCUUCACACAUCCCUCGCUGGUGUACUUCCAUAAUUUGCCAAGCGGUCCAAUUAAAAGAACAAGGAAGAAGAAAAGCCACCAAGAGCUACCUGGGUUUCGUUACGACGUCGUGCUCAUCCACCAGAAGGGGCGACACCACAGCUUUCACUGUGAGACGAGUGUGUGCCAGGAGACGAUUUCAGUGGAUGCUGCGCAGAAGAAACACUGUUUGAACAUGAAGGGAGAGCUGGAGAAAAUCUCAGUUCAAGCCACACAAGACUACUGCGUCUCGCCACGGGAAGACACGCCGAGCUAUCUCAUCCCCAUCUACGUCAUUUGCGGCCUGUCAGCCCUGAGUGCGCUUUGUUUUGUCCUCUACAUGGUGUACCGGAAACAGACCUCACCGAAUACUCCUUCACCAAAGUCUAUGGAUAUCCCGAAUUCCCCGACGCAGUUGAUCUCGAAAGUGGUUAGGGAGACGUGCUUUGUGCCAGAAGUGGCGCCGAGCUCGCCCACGCCUCUACUGUCGGCAGAGGAGAAGGAAUUUACAGCGUUUGUUCCUUGCGCUACUGAGCCCGAGCUCCAUCUGCCCAUCAGGCCGUCGAGUGGGGAUGAAGGUCUGUGUGGUGACGACGAGGAUGGAGCGAUGGCUGAAGAACCCGGGUACGUGCAAGGCCAACACCUGGAAGAAGAGGAGAGCACCUCUGGUUAUGAGAAACGCCUGAUGCUGGUUGAGUUGGCGCCAGACGAACUGACCGAGGGGUACCGGGGCUGAAGGCGGGGCCUCUGGUCUUGAAUGUUCGUCAUUGGCGCAAAUGAGACCGAACUUGCGGUCUUGGUUACAGAUUGGUUUGCUCCGGUCAAACCGUCCCAAUGCCCGGUGAAAGUGGAAUAAGAGAUGUCCUCCUUGCUCGUGCACCUUUUUAAUAUUAGUUACAUUUCCAUUAUGAUGCCAAAGCAGCACCACAAAGCAGCCUUAGUGACAAAUAUGUGAAAUAUUUCUUUGAAGUUGUGAGAUGGAAUAAAUCAAAUAAAUGCCAAAUCGCAUCUGUCACCAGAUUGUUAGCAGAACAAUAAUUGAUUCUAAUGCAUUCAUUAUGUGUUUUUUUUCAAUUUAAUUUCUGAUAUUUGCGUUUCAUCCUUUGCAGCCUGUGAUUUUAAUGCUGCUGUCGUCACAAACGGUGCCUUCCUAUCACUGGGAAAGAGCUUCAUACAAACGGGAUUAAUUACUCUCGUCCAAACGGGGACAGGAUUUUAAAAUCUUGUUUUUAAAAAAGAGACGUCAAGCUCACUUCCAGUUAUUACUACAGGACUUUUUAAACCGUUGCUAAAAACAACAACCACCACUUAUCUUUGCUGUUUACACACUAUCUUUAUCCCACACAGCGACUCAAAGGGACUUCACUGUGCUGCUUCUCCUGUGAGCCGCUGAUAUACGACGCAAAUACUAAUCAAUGAGGACAUUUACAGACUGUUUCAUAAACGUGUGUUAAUUAUGCAUUAUCAUCCAUUUGCCUGCGAUGCAUGCACACAGGCAUUGCUAUACAACACCGUAAUCUCUGUGGAAUAGUUACGCCUCUGAAUACUGAGAAUGUACUUUUAACUUAUUGCACUUUGUGUUUUUUUUUUUAACCUAAAUCGAAUCCUUUUGAUUGUCAUUAAGCUCGUAGCACCUUCUUUAAAGGGAAGUUAGCGCAUCUUUAACUUCUGUAAUGUGACAUUUUUAUCGAAGUGAAAUUAAAUAUUUAUCUUUGAAUUUAGAAAGAAACCCUGCAGUUGAGUGAGCGGUCGAAAAAUACUUAAUUUUAUGUUUCACUCGGCCUUUAAGUCCAAUUAUGCAGUUUUGAGAACCGCAAAUAAUUUUCUCAUGAAAUGAGUUGCGACCUUAAACCGGUGAAGUGACCUGUUUAUACUUCAUGUUGUGCAUAUAUAUAUAUAUAUAUAUAUAUAUAUAUAUAUAUAUAUAUAUAUAUAUAUAUAUUUAUUUUCUGGCUGAAGGGAACUCGCAACACAUUUAAGUGAAACUGACUGAAAAGGGGGAAUUUGUACUUUUUUUUUACAGUCCGCCAAUUUAAAAUCGGAAAUAACUGAUUUGAUUUUGAUGUGACGGUGUUUGAAUGUGUUAUUUGGAUAAAAUACCAGUUUAUUAAACUCAAGCACUUGAUUCUCUAAUAAUUGAUCUCCCUAGUUGUUCGUUACCCUGUCUCUGUAUCUCAAUGCGUAAUGUUUCCUUUUCUGUCUGUAAACUGCUGUUAUAUGUUUAUCUUCUGUCAUUGGUAUUUGGCAGUACAUAUUUUCUAUUUAAAAAAAUCUGAUUACGGUA